CAAGAGGGGCCAGCCCCCCCCGGAAGCGAUGGCCCAGCCCUACCCCCCAGCCCAGUACCCCGCCCAGAACAGCAUUCCAACGGAGUACGCCCCUCCCCACCCCCACCCGCCAGCAGACUACACGGGUCAGAGCACGGUGGCAGAGCACGCUCUAACGCUGUACACACCCACACAGACACACAGCGAACAGCCCGGCAACGAGAACAACACAGCCACACUAUCGCAGGCAGACGAGGUUGCGCAGACGGAGGUUUCCCAUCAGCUCCACCUGCAGCAGUGUGAUUCGUCAGAGAAGCAGCAGCCCAAACGGUUACACGUCUCCAACAUCCCUUUCCGGUUCAGAGACCCAGACCUCAGGCAAAUGUUUGGGCAAUUUGGGAAGAUUUUAGAUGUGGAGAUCAUUUUUAAUGAGCGAGGCUCCAAGGGUUUUGGGUUUGUAACAUUUGAAACGAGUGCCGAUGCGGACCGUGCACGUGAGAAACUAAAUGGUACAAUCGUAGAGGGACGCAAAAUAGAGGUUAACAACGCAACAGCAAGAGUUAUGACAAACAAAAAGGUGGCAAACCCAUACAUGAAUGGCUGGAAGCUGAACCCAAUGGUGGGAGCUGUCUAUGGUCCUGAAUUGUAUGCAGUGACAGGUUUUCCUUACCCUAGUACAGGAGCGGCAGUAGCCUAUCGGGGAGCUCAUUUGAGAGGGAGGGGGCGGGCCGUCUAUAACGCAUUCCGCGCCGCGCCCCCACCCCCACCCAUGCCUGCCUACGGAGCGGUUGUUUACCAGGACGCCUUCUAUGGUGCAGAGAUCUACGGGGGUUAUGCAGCGUACAGAUACGCACAACCAGCAGCCACGGCUGCAACCGCAUAUAGUGACAGUUAUGGGAGAGUCUAUGCAACAGCGGACCCAUAUCACCACACGAUUGGUCCUGCAGCCACGUACAGUGUGGGUACUAUGGCUAGCCUAUACAGAGGAGGCUGCAGUCGCUUCACUCCGUACUAGAGCGAGAGAGAGGGACAAACGCCCCCCUCCUCCCUCCUUCCGCCCCCAGAAAAAAAAAUACAUCAAACUAAACACCUCCUUCCUCUUCAAUGGAAAACUAAAAGUAGAGCCACAUGACCACCUUGUCAAGACUCUCCAGGUCAACAAAACACAUGACCACCUUGUCAAGACUCUCCGGGUCAACAAAACACAUGACCACCUUGUCAAGACUCUCCAGUUGAUGUCUACUUUUAAGAGUUUUAUCUUGACUAUAUGCAUUGUCUGUCAUCGAUGUACUGUACCGAUUUUGGAAAUGACGAUGCUCUUGUUUAUUUCCUGUAUUGAUUUGAAUGUAUUGCUCCGGGUUGAAAUUGAUGGUUUCUAGAAUGUGAGAAAGAAAGUGGUGCUGGAGCGAGACAAAUAAAUAAAGA